CUGUACUGCACUAGCAGUACAAGGCUGACUUGCACACUGGUUGCACAAUUUUGGAAAUAAAAACACAUUUGUCUCUGUAGUUGUACACGUGCACUCAAAAUAAAAGAAGAUGGCUCAGUGGUGCCAGCUCCAGAUGCUGGACUGCAAGUACCUGGAGCAGGUGGACCAGCUGUACGACGACUCGUUCCCCAUGGACAUCCGACAGUACCUGAGCAGGUGGAUCGAGAGCAUUGACUGGGACACUGUGGCGGUUCAGGACUCUCUGGCCACCGUUCGGUUCCACGACCUCCUGGCUCAGCUGGACGACCAACACAGCCGCUUCGCCCUGGAGAACAACUUCCUGCUGCAGCACAACAUCCGCAAGAUCAAGAGGAACCUGCAGGAUCGGUUCCAGGAAGAUCCGGUCCACAUGGCCAUGAUCAUCUCCAGGAACCUGAAGGAGGAGCAGAGGAUCCUGGCCACUGCGAAAAGUGUAGAGCAGGAGGGCGAGGGGGUGGUGUCGGCCAUGGUGGUGGAGAAACAGAAGCUGGACAACAAGGUGAAGGAGAUGAAGGACAGAGUCCAGUUGGCGGAUCUGAACAUCAAGAACCUCGAAGAUCUGCAGGACGAGUACGUCUUUAAAAUCAACACGCUGAAAAACAGAGAGAACGAGAUGAACGGCAUGACGCCGAAGGAGCUUGAGAAGGAGAAGAUGACGGUCGGGAGGAUGGGCUUUGAGCUGAAAGCCAAACGGCAGGACGUGGUGACCCAGCUGACCGACCUCCUGAACGUCACUCAGGCGCUGCUGUCGGACCUGAUCUCCGAGGAGCUGCCGGAGUGGAAGCAGCGGCAGCAGAUCGCCUGCAUCGGCGGGCCGCCCAACGCCUGCGUGGACCAGCUGCAGAACUGGUUCACAGCAGUAGCAGAGAGUCUCCAGCAGGUCCGUCAGCACCUGAAGAAGCUGCAGGAGUUGGAGCAGAAGUUCACCUACGACAGCGACCCCAUCACACAGAAAAAAACUAUCCUGGAGGCCCGAGCUCUGGAGCUCCUCAAGAACCUCCUCAGCAACUCGCUGGUUGUAGAGAGGCAGCCCUGCAUGCCCACCCACCCACAGAGACCCCUGGUGCUGAAAACAGGCGUCCAGUUCACUGUAAAACUCCGGUUCCUGGUGAAGCUGCAGGAGUUUAACUACCAGCUCAAAGUCAAAGCUGUGUUUGAUAAAGAUGUUACAGAGAAGAAAGGAUUUCGGAAGUUCAACGUUUUGGGAACAAACACCAAAGUUAUGAACAUGGAGGAGUCAAACGGCAGCCUGGCAGCCGAGUUCAGACAUUUGCAACUGAAAGAGCAGAAAGUUGCCGGCAACCGAACAAACGAGGGUCCUCUGAUCGUCACCGAGGAGCUCCACUCGCUCAGCUUCGAGUCCGAGCUGCAGCUCAACCAGUCGGGACUCAACAUCAAACUGGAGUUGUUGCGGAUGCAGGCCAUGUCUCUGCCUGUCGUCGUCAUCUCUAACGUCUGUCAGCUGCCUAGCGGCUGGGCCUCCAUCCUCUGGUACAACAUGCUCACCACCGAGCCCAAGAAUCUGAAGUUCUUCCUCACCCCUCCGCCGGCAAAGUGGUCUCAGCUGUCCGAGGUUCUCAGCUGGCAGUUCUCCUCCGUCACCAAGCGAGGCCUGAACCAGGAGCAGCUCAACAUGCUGGCUGACAAACUGCUCGGAGCCAAAGCCAUGAGGAACCCAGAGGGACAAAUCCCCUGGACCAAGUUCUGCAAGCAGAGUGCCAACGAGAAAGCGUUUCCCUUCUGGCUGUGGAUUGAAGGAAUCCUGGAUGUGAUUAAAAGACACCUGCUUUCCCUCUGGAACGACGGCUCCAUCAUGGGCUUCAUCAGUAAGGAGAGGGAGAAGGCUCUGCUGAGUGACAAGUGUCCCGGGACCUUCCUGCUCAGGUUCAGUGAGAGCAGCAGAGAGGGAGCCAUCACCUUCACCUGGGUCGAGCACGACGUCCACGACAAGCCGCUGUACCACUCUGUGGAGCCGUACACGAAGAAGGAGCUGUCCGCCGUCUCUCUGCCCGACAUCAUCCGCACCUACAAGGUGAUGGCCGCCGAGAACAUCCCCGAGAACCCGCUCCGCUUCCUCUACCCCGACAUCCCCAAAGACAAGGCCUUCGGGAAGUACUACCCCAAACCUUCGGAGACGUCAGAGCCGAUGGACGUGGAGAACCCAGAGACGACCGGCUACAUGAAGACGGAGCUCAUAUCGGUGUCAGAAGUACCUCCGUCCAGACUGCAGGACAACAUCCUGCCGAUGUCUCCUGACGACUACAAGGCUUUGUCGCAGUACGUCAGUCCCAGAGACAUCGAUGCUGUGACCAACGAUCUGAUUCCUGGAUUUGAGGAGUUUGAAGUUCAGAUGAACGAGUAUGCGGACGAAAACUGAGGAGUUUCUUCACUUCAUCCAUGUAUUCACACUGCUCUUUCUUUGUUUCUUUAGAGGUCAUAGGAUCUCGGUUGAUCAUGCAAUAUGCUCUUGGUCAUGUUGUGGGCCUUGAAAGUCUCCUUUUAACUUUGGAUACAGAUCAGUAAAGUAAGCAGUCACCUUGCAGGAACAAUGGAGAAAGCAAAGCACCGUUUGGACUGCGUGAACAUUACAGGGGGAGGUGGGGAAUCAUUCAUUGUAUAUUAAUUUAAAAAGACAAAAGCCUCCACAGUGUGGCGCCGUAGAGUUGAAGGGGCGGCUAAGAUACUGUAUUUCAGAUGUCACAAUCCUUCUCAAGAGUACUAACUCACUGGAAACUGAACACACAAACACGUUAAUAUCACUCAGUGUGACAUAAACUCACACAGGAUGUCAUUAUCUCCGAUGUCCAUCGUGAAUACACGUCAACAAAUCUGCUCAGAAAUCAGAGGAAAAAUACACGUCAGAACCUGAGAAUCAUCAGGUUUUUAAGUUUUUCUUCAGUACCAAAGUAAUCUAGUUGUAGUUUACUGUACAUCCAAGCGUCCUCUGCAAACAGGAGCUGCUUAUGGCUAAUUCAGCAAACUUUUAAUGGUGCCGGUUUGCGUCAUUUAGGUAAGCAAAGUUUAUUUCUUGAGCGCACUUAAACACAGAGUUGCACCAAAGAGCCCAGAGAAACAGCAGGUAAUGUUUUCUGGGGUUGGCGCUCCACACACAUGGUUAAAAUCUCCCCACCUCCCCUGAAGAAGUAAAUCCAGUCCGACUGGGGCUUAAAUCACGUUUCAACAUCAUCUGUCACUUUGAUGUACGUCUGUCUCUUUUAAUAAAAUGUGAACUUUAAAUUCCCCAGUAACUGUAAAACAGUGCAGUUUGAAGAAUGUGAUUCUGUAUGUUUGUUAAAAGUUUAUGUUUCUGGGAAAUUGUAGACAUCUUCCUGUAGCAAUCUGCCUGAGCUUUUUAUUUAAGUUAGUGUAUUCUGCGUUUUUCAUAAAGGUGAUGUAACAGUGGGACAGCUGAGGCAAUCAAACAACUUAAAGAGUUUUGUUUAUUUCUGAAGAAACUUUCUGAUGCUUAUAAAUCAUGUAGAAAUAAAAGUUCUUUUACUGGA